AUGUUUGGCAGGCGCGUCUUCGGCAGUUCCACCAUACCACGUGCCAUGUACGCCACGCUGCACAUUAAUUCAUCAUUGCAGGCACGUCGUAUGUUGCCCAGUCUUGUGCCGCUAACGUCUAGCGUUGCAGGCUCCUCAAGGUCGGUGAUACCGAUGGUGCAGUGUACGUCACCAUCCAUGCCUGUGCUGGAAACGGCUGAACUUGAUCCUGUACUACUGGGUGACUUUUUGAGGUCUAUUUUCCCCGCGAAAGACGGAUUUUUACGAUUGUUUGAAUUAUGGGGUAUUGGGCGUAUGGUGAUGCUUGCAUGGAUGCGAGGACAGAUGGCGUGA